AUGUAUGCCCGGGGCAUUCUUUUCGGCAAGAUGAAGUACGAGCUUGGCGAUCACAGCUUCGUCCGCUGCCCAGACCUCGGCCUGACCGCCGACAUUGAGUUUAAGACCAAAGGUUGGGUUGGCGGCACGUACAAUGCUAUUGGUGGCACGGUCAAGAACGAAAACACCGGCGAAGUCCUGUACGAGCUUUCCGGGCUCUGGAGCGAGGAGAUGACGAUUAAGAACGUCAAGACUGGCCACAAAGACAUGUUUUUCAACGCGCUGAAGUCCAAGCCUUCACCGCCCUCGGUCCGUCCCAUCGAAGAACAAGAGGCCAGAGAGUCGCAGCGGCUGUGGCAACGGACGGCCUGUGCCGUGAAAGAGCGCAACCACGAGCUCGCAACAGAUGAGAAAACCAAAGUCGAGGAUAUGCAGCGUGAGGAGGCUGCUGCUCGGACCCAAGACGGCGUGGAGUGGACCCCGCGCCUCUUCCGGCGGGUCAACGGCGGCCCCGGUGGCUCCGAGGAAGGCGAGGAAGAUCUGGAAUGGAUCAUCAAUGCGCAAAUGUAUAGUGACCCCGUUCGUUCGCAUGUGCACAUUUGUCUUUCAAUAUCGCCGAACUGGCAGCUAACUAUUUGCAGUGACGGCGAAACGCCGCAAGCCCAGGCGGACCAAAUCCUUGCCAUAUACCCCGUGCUUCCCGGCCAGACGUCGAAGCGCGAAAGCAAAAUUCCCAUCAUCCCUGCUCACAAGUCUCUCGAAAAGUCUCCUGGCGCGACCGCCAGUAAUACCGCCGCUGCUGGUGCUUCCGGUGCUGCUGGUGCCGCUGGUGCUGCUGGUGCUGCCGGUGCUGCCGGUGCUGCCUCAGCCCUUGCAGUAAAGAGCGGCGACCUGAUUGAUGUCGGUGAUGGCGAAUCUUCCAAGCCUUCUGCGGCGCCACUGGCCAGCGAUGGUGCCGACAAGAUCUCAGACUUGCUGUCUUCGACGGGCAAGCCGGCGCCCGCAGGCCCGCUCAUGGACUUCAACAAAGACCUGGACAAGCGCCUACCUACAAUUAAGCGUUCUGACACGAGCGGGUCGCAAGACAUAUUCCAUGAUGCCGAAAACUAG